GUCGUAUUGUAGUUAAGUCAACUCAUGGACUCCACCAAUGCGGCUUGCUAGUCGGAAGUACAGUUUAUUUCCACCGUGUUUGCGUGGCUUCGCACACAUAUGGACAAACGUCUGGCAUACAAUGGAGACCAGCAAUAAUGCCACAGCCCAGAAUGAUGCUGGUGGUGACGGGAGAUGAUUUCGGCUACUGUCCCAGGAGAAACCAGGGAAUUGUGGACUGCUUCCAGGCUGGAGGCAUUUCCAAUGUGUCACUGCUGGUUAAUGCCUCUGCUGCCAAAGAGGCAGCAGAUCUGGCUAAAAGGCACAACAUCCCAAUCGGCCUCCAUGCCAACUUGUCAGAGGGCACUCCCGUGUGCCAGAGCCUCCAGCAAGAUUCCACACUGAUAAACCAGCGUGGCUUCUUCCAUGGGAAGAUGGGCUUCCGUCAGGCACUGGAGAGAGGCCAGCUCAGCAUGAAACAGGUGGAGCUAGAGUUGAGGGCCCAAGUCAGGCUGUUCAGGGAACUGACAGGUCACCUGCCCCAUCACAUGGACGGACACCAACAUGUUCAUGUACUGCCAGAGGUGCGGGAGGUUUUUGCACAGGUCCUUUCGGAUCUCAAGAUUCCAUACACUCGUGUUCCAGUGGAGCCAGGUUUACACAGCUGCCCAACACUGCCAGCACACCUCCAAAGGUUCUACACACAGGUGGAGAAGGAUGCUCUGGACUCCAUCCCUGUCUUCACUCGCUAUGGAAUCAGAUGGCCAGACGUGUACCUGGGACUGACCACCAUGGGCCAGAACAUGUCCGUCCCUAACCUGCAGAGGGCCCUCAGCCACGCCUUGGCUGCAGGUUCUCCAAGCACUACCUCCAGCAGCGCAUCAGGCUCCAGUCAGCCCAUGGUCACAGCAGAGCUUAUGGUCCACCCGGGUUACCCCAGUAACCCCCACGAAGGAGGCUGUGGAGAGGGCCCGGAUGACUUCUCCCAGUCGGCUGACAGACAGCAUGAGCUGAACGUGCUCACUGACCCGUCCCUACUGGCCAUCUACAGCCAAGAGGGAGUGCAGCUCUGUGCCUUCAAAGACAUCUGAGUACUGCUGUGUAAACAUGACAAACGUACAGUCAGGUCCAUAAUUAUUUGGACAAUGAUACAGUUUUGGAAGUGUUUGGGGCACCAUUAUCUGCUCAGA